CCGGGAGCCGAAGACGUGGGUGUCGAUUAAGGUAGCCCUCCGCACCUCUCUGAUUCAGAGGGGUUGGGUUAAAUGCGGAAGACACAUUUCAGUUGAAGGCAUUCAGUUGUACAACUGACUACAACAACCAGCAAUUAACCACAACAUAAUUAGGCCCGGAAGGUGUUUACAUGAGACUGAUGUCGAUGGCCAAAUUGGGGUGUGAAUUGAUUUUAAAGUAAGCCUAUUGUGAUUUAAAUUAAUCCGAAUGCAAUAACAAGAACCACCCCGGGAGAGUGAGCGCACCACCCCAAUUGUCAAUUCCGAGUUGAUGAUCUACCUAAAACCACAGCACCGAAAGUGCUUGACUCAUAAAUAUCCUAUUAAAUUACUAGAGGGACUAUGUGAUCAUAAUCCCUCAAAGUUAUAGAUUAGGACUAAAUGGCAGCCGUCUUGGUCAGGGAGAAUUAUCAUUAUAAUUAUCAUUCCUAAUUAUUUGGUUUGACUAAAGCAGUGACGACUCGGAUACCACGGUUUCUGCCUCCCGCCCCGCGGAUACGCAGGGAAGUUUGACUCUCUCGCUGUCAGCGCAGCGGUGAAUGCCGGUUUGUUUGGCCACCAGCGAACAGUUGCGUUUCUGCUCUACGUGUACAUGCAAGGUGUGACAAAUGCCAUCAAGCGUAAACUACUCCUGGGACAAUUAAACAGCCCACCCUUGGAUUUGAAAGGAAUUACAUAGACUUCGAGUGAUUGGCUUUGGUUUUUGGCUUGUUUUUGUUGUUGUUCCGUCUUGAAGAGACUGAGGAAUAACUGCCAACAUGUCUAGGGAUCAUGACAAUGUGAAUAAGCUGACCGAAAGUACAUACAAGAAUGUGAUGGAGCAGUUGAACCCAGGACUGAGGAACCUUGUCAAUUUGGGGAAGUCCUAUGAGAAAUCUGUAGCCGUGAUGACUCUUGCUGGGAAGGCGUACUUUGAUGCUGUGUCAAAGAUAGGAGAGACUGCUUCCGUGUCCCCUGUCUCCAGAGAAUUGGGUGUGGUUCUGAUGGAAAUCUCUGAGGUGCACAAGAAGGUUCACCUGGAGCUGGAGGAGAAUUUCAAGCAGUUCCACAAAGAAAUCAUUUCUGAGCUGGAGAGGAAAACAGAGAUGGAUGUCAAAUAUAUGACUGCAACAUUCAAGCGGUACCAGUCAGAGCACAAAAUGAAGCAGGACUCUCUGGAGCGCUCUCAGACGGACCUGAAGAAGCUGCGGAGGAAGAGCCAGGGAAAACAAGCCACCAAGUAUGAGAAGAAGGAGAACGAGUAUAUAGAGACCAUCUCGUCACGGCAGAGUGACAUGCAGAAGUUCAUCGCUGACGGCUGCAGAGAGGCCCUCCUGGAGGAGAAGAGACGAUUCUGCUUCCUGGUCGACAAACACUGCACGUUCUCUUACCAUGUCACCACCUUCCACGAGAAGGCCAAAGAGCUGCUGGCAGUGAAGCUGCCCAGCUGGCAGGAUAAAUGCAAAGAUAUCACCAAGGUCCCCGACACAGUAUUGACCAUGCUAGAGGGGCUCCGCACCCCCAUGUCUGGGACCCCAGAAGCCUCGCCUCUCGUCGAACGCUACAACAGGAACAACAGGGACCCGAUGGUUCCCCCACCAGCCCCCCAGCUGAAGGCCCAGACCAGUCCACUGGCUAAUAUGUUCAACCAGGACGUCCCCCACGCCUCCUUCACAUCCACAUCUACAUCUACAUCAGACCACAACUCAGACCAGGGCAGUAUGGAGAACAGUGGAAGCCUGUCUCUAUCCCGGUCAGUGUCGAUGGGUUCUGGGCUGAACGUGGGCAGGAAGCCACGGGUCAGGACCAUCUUCCCCCACACGGCCGGCAACAACGACACACUCCUGUCCUUUGAUGAUGGUGACAUCAUCAUACUGCUCAUCAAGGAGGAGAAGGACGGAUGGCUAUACGGAGAGCUGGAGAAGACCCAGCAGCGGGGCUGGUUUCCCUCAUCUUACUGCCGACCUUACAAUGAACCACUGAUCUCAAACAGUUUGGGGACACCGGUGCGUCGUCUGAGUGUGGCCAGUCUUCCGGAAGAGGAGGAGCCUGUUUUGCUGCCGCCACCAGACUACAGCGACAGGACAGGGAGCAGCCCUUUCAGCCUGGUCAGCGCCUCCACACCCUCACCCAAAAACACGAUCUCUCUACCCAAUGAGGUUGGAAAGGUUCCCUUUCUGGGAGGUGGGAAUCCCUUUGCCACUGUCAAACUGAGACCUACAGUGACCAACGACAGAUCAGCACCCAACGUCUAAUAACCAGAGCUCAUCCAGACAGAGGAAUGAUAAAACACCACCAACACUACAGAAUCACAGUCCAACAAGAUGUCCAGAAAGCAUGGAUUCUACUCCGCUUCAGCAAACCAGCUCCGUUGUAGCCAGCUCCGUUGUAGCCAGCUCCGUUGUAGCCAGCUCCGUUGUAACCAGCUCCGUUGUAGCCAGCUCCGUUGUAACCAGCUCCGUUGUUACUAGCUCCGUUGUAGCCAGCUCCGUUCUAACUAGAUCCGUUGUAGCCGAGCCAGCUCCGUUGUAGCCAGCUCCGUUGUAACCCAGCUU